CCCAAUUCCAAUCCCAAUCCCAACCGGGUGAGAAGCCUUCGCGGACGAGGAGGACGAGGUCGCUCUUCAGCUUCGCCGACCGGACGCCGAGGCAUGCGCCCUGCCGGCCCCGCCGAUUGAUGUAUCGCAGAGCGCAGAUCUGGCUUCAUUAUUCGCUAUGCUUGGCUCUGGUAAAUUCACCGCUCGCCGUGCAGGGAAACAUCACCACGGCCGCCACAAAAACGUCCGACUGGUGUAUUUCGGAAUGUAUGUGUCUCUCGAAGACACAGAUACUGUGCAACACGGGUGGCCUGAGGGAUAUCCCGAGUAGCCUGCCUGCAAACCUCGAGGAGCUCUCGCUCUCGAAGAACGACUUCCCGGUAAUUCGCAGCGAGGCUUUCGCCCAACUCCGCUCCCUCAGGAAGCUCUGCCUCGACGGCAACAAUAUAUCCACGAUCAAACCCUUCGCCUUCCGUGGUCUUAGCAAGCUGCACACCCUCACCAUCCAAAACACCCCGCUGACGAGUAUCGGGGAGUUUUCCUUCGCCGCUCUUCAGAAUGUCAGCACCAUCAUCCUCGCGCACAACAAGAUCGCUCACAUCAGGGGUAAGGCCUUCGCCGGCAGUUCCCAGAUAUCCUUCAUUAUUCUCAGCAACAAUCCACUCAAGACGAUACAUAGUAACGCCUUCUCGGGGCUGACCUUCGUCGAGCAUCUCGUACUUCCGGCCGGGAUUCGUAGCAUCGAGGCUGACGCUUUCAACGGCUUGGAGUAUGUCGGUCUCCUCAAGCUGACCUUUAUGGAUCUGGAGGGACUCGAGCCCUACACCUUCCGCGGUCUCAAAAACGUGCGCAACUUCGUGAUCCAGACGAGCGAUCUCGGCGUCAUCCACAAGGACGCGUUCUUCGGGCUCGAGCACAUCGACACGCUCAACAUCAUCAGCAACAAGAUAGACGCGAUCGAGCAACUCCACCUCAAUUCCAACUACUCGAUAAACAUGCUGCGCUUCCAGAAGAACCACGUGCUCAAGGCGCCGAAAUUCGGGGACGCCUACUUCCGCGUGAGCACCGUAAUCGCCGAGGGCAACCACUUCCCCUGCGACUGCCAGAUUCAUCUUGUCCUCGAGAGCGGCUUCGUUAAUGGCUCGGCCGACGAGUUUCGCAGGCGCAACAACUGCAUUUCCACGGCGGAGUUCAACGGCAAGCCGAUGAGCCUCGUCGACCUCGACUCGAUCGCCAGCUGCCACGACAAGCUCACCAAGGACAAUUACGGCUCCGGAGUAAGCGUUCGCUCGAGCGGACUCGAACUUAUCGUGCCGAUACUCCUCUACCUCUCGAGGUUCGUCCCCUCAUGAGACCCCUUUCUCUACCCUCUCCUUAUCCCUCCUCGCUCUGUCUCUCCUC